AGAAGGCAGUUUAAGUCGGGCGACGAUUGCAAAAGCGCCGCCAGUCCUGACUUUGGGUCAUUUCUCGCCGUUUUUUUUUUGCAUUUAACGUCACCACACCGGUCAAACCACGGUCCUAACUCCUCACCGGAGGCGAAACGUUUUUAUUGUCUUUUAUUUUUCUUUUCAAGUCCGACAAAAUCCUUUUUCUCCCCCCCCCCUCAACUGUCUUCUUUUCUAGAAGUCACUCGCGUGGUGUUCAAAGUGACUUUUAAACAGCAGCACUUUCGUCAACUGCAACUGUAUUAUUAUUAUCAUUAUUAUUGAUACCAGUUCGGCUUUCAAGUCCAAAUUCUCGCUCGGCUCCAUCUCCCGAAUGAUGUGUCAGGCGAUAUGUUGUGUCUGACAGCUCUUUCUCACCCGUACGACGACCUUCAUUGCAGUGUUGUCAUUUUGAUGGAGUGAGACGUGGCUCGGGUUUCUUUGCUCCGCGCGACUGAGUGAAUCAGCAAUUUCCUUCGUCACAUCCUGCCCACCCCCAGCCCCGAUUGUGGUCAGAGUGCAAAAUGGAUGGCGUCGACACCUUGCAGAGCUCCGCCCCGGAGACCAAAGCCGACCGGAUCGCCCGCUACAAAGCCGAGCGGAGGCGGGAGCUGGCGGAACGCUACGGCGCCCCUGACGAAUUCACCUCCAAGUAUGUCCGGAGUCGGGACAGGAAGAUCGCCGACCCGUCCGAGACGACGACCAAGGAGAAGGAAAAAUGCGAGGACAACGGGGCGGAGCAACCGUACGCCAGAAGAGGCCCGAAGAGUAAAGUUGACGUCGACGAGGAUUGCGGACCGGAGAAAAGCGCUCGCGUUAAACGCGACGCUCGUUUGACUUCUGAACCAGAAGUUCAGCCGCCCUUCAAAAUGUCAUCCAGUACUCGGCGUCCGGCAGCUGAUGAUCUCGACGGGUCAAAGGUUGAGCAGGAGACUUUGGACGGAUGGAGUUACACCGCCAAGAUCUCUCUUAAGGAUAAAGAACGCGGAAGCGGCGAUCGCGACGGCGGGCGAAAAUGGCAGCCGGUCAACAGUGAUAACGAAGAAACUCCCAGCCGCGAAGGGAUGGAAGAGAGAGACGCUAUGGAAGAACCACCCAGGCAGGAAUGUGAAGCACGAGAGGAAAUAAGGACUCCGUCGCUGCAGCGCCAGGAUUCCGGGCCAAGAGGCAUCAAGGGAAUCCUGAAGAAGAGCCGCUCCACCAGCGUGGAGUCGGACCAGAGCGAGGGCUCCGCGCACGAGUGCGCGCCGCCGCGACAGAGCAGCGUCACGCUCAGUCACCCCGAGAGCGACGACGCCGAGGACCUGGAGGAAGAUGCCGACGAGGAAAACGACGGGGACGACGAGUCGUUUCUGGACGACGUCACCGACGCAGGCGAGUUCGGCGUCCAUACGAGGCGGAGCGAGCGCGGCAGCGGCAGCAGCUUGGAGGAGAUGCGCAGCCCCUCGCCGGACGAAAGCCUGGACAUGACCUCCACCGUGUCCGAGGACACCGAGGAGAUGGACAGCUUGGACGGAAGCCAAGGUUCCGCCAUCAAACAGAGACUUUUGGAGUUCAGCGGGAGCGACAGCGAGAAGAGAGAAUGGACGAAGAAGCCCAAAGCGUCGGAGGUCAUUCAGACGUCGUUGGCCGAUCGCUUCAACCAGCUCCACGACGCCGAGAACGCCUGGAAAAAAAAGAAGUCCAGCGUGGACACGUCGCCCAAGAUGUCGCUGGCCGACAGGAUGAAGAUCCUCAAGGACAAGGAGGAGCAGUGGAAGAGCAAAGGCAAAGGGGCGGCCAACGACUCCGUUCAGUUCACCGUGGCCGGACGCAUGGCCAAGAAAGGCCUCGUUUCAGACGCAGGUCGGGAGUCCCGUCUUACCCCGAUGAAGAAGUCCAACGCCACCCCUGUGAAGCCUCUCGAAGAAAUUUCCAGCAGAACCGACGUCAACGUGGAGGGGGACAAAAGGCUUGACAAACUCGAGUCCUUCCUGGACAAACUUCACAGUAAAGGAGUGAGCAAGAGCAAGACGUCCACCAUCGAAGUGACUGCGGAGGCCGAGAAGGAAGUGAUGACUUUGGACGAUGACGAGACCUUCGGCAACUUCUACAAAUCCAUCUCGCCCUCGGCCCUGCGGGACAUGAUCGUUACCGACGAGGACCUGAGCCAGAUCCAGGCCAACGCACCCAAGCUGGCCUCGUCCGUAGCCGAGCAUAAGCGAGCGGUGCGGCCAAACAGGAGGAACCGGGGCUCCAGGAACCCCCUGAGAGCGCUGGCGGCGCGAAACGACAUCCGGCAGGUGUACACCGAGCAGAGGCUCAACAUCGCCAAAGUGGAGACCAAGAGGAUCCAAGUGGAGCGCAUGGCCAAACACUCCAACCUGGCCGACGUGGCCCUGGCGGGCCUGGCCAGCAAGGAGAACUUCCGUAAAGUCAACCUGCGCAGCGUCAAGUCCACCGACGUGGUGACCAACAACAGCGCGCUGCCCUACCACAAGCUCAUGCUCAUCCGCAUCAAAGGUCGGAGGCACGUGCAGGUGCGCCUCGUGGAGCCCACGUCCAAGUCCCUGAACAGCGGGGACUGCUUCCUUCUCAUCACGCCCAAGCACUGCUUCAUGUGGAGCGGCGAGUUCGCCAACGUCAUUGAGAAAGCCAAGGCGUCAGAGAUGGCGUCCUUCGUCCAGGCCAAGCGGGACCUCGGUUGCAAAGCCUGCCAGGUGACGGUGCUGGAGGAGGGGAUCAACACUGACAGCAAAUGGGCCAAGGAGUUCUGGACUCUCCUCGGAGGAAAAAGCCCAUACCGAGGGGCGGGGGAGCCGGAGGAGGACGAGCUGUACGAGAGCGGCGUCUUGGACUCCAACGGGGUCUACAGACUCCAGGGAGAGAAACUGGUGCCCCACGAAGACGCGUGGGCCUCCAUCCCGAGCGUCACCUUGCUGGAUUCCAAAGAGGUUUUGGUGUUCGACUUCGGCGGUGAGGUGUACGUGUGGACCGGCAAGGAUGUGCCGUUGGGGGACAGGAAGGUCGCGGUCAAGCUGGGCAAGCAGCUUUACAGCGGCAGCUACGACUACAGCAACUGCCGGGUCAACCCUUUGGACGCCUCCUGCACGGAUUGCGAUGUGCCGCAGCAAGGCGAAGGCCGCCCGAGUUGGACUCUGUUCGGCCGCCUGUCGGAACACAAUGAGACGUCCCUGUUCAGAGAGAAGUUCCUGGACUGGGCUGAGAGGAGGAAGGAGGAGGCAGCUGUAACAGAGGAAGUCAAGAGCCCGGUCCACUGCGGCGUCCGCUCGUCGCCCGAGCUGGACCUGCAGCCGUGCGACGCAAACGCGCUGCUGGACAGCGAGGCGCCGCCGGUCAGGACGGUCCUGGAGGGCGUGGACGUCCAGCGGGGCCACGGCGUGGUGAGGACGGAGGACGGCAGGCAGGCGGAGCUGUCGACGGUGGCCGUGGACGCCUGGCAUAUUAAGGAGUACGGCGAGGAGGAGGUGCCCGAGGAGAGCCUCGGACAGUUCCACGAAAGAGACGCUUACGUCAUCCGCUGGAAGUACUCCAUCACCACCCUCGUGGGGAAGCGACAGAAACCCGGAGAGCUGAGCGCCGGCGUUCCGGGCAGGGAGAGGAGCGCCUGCUUUUUCUGGCAGGGCCUCCACUCCAGCGCCAGCGAGAAGGGGACGUCGGCGCUCAAGACGGUGGAGCUGGGCAGCUUCAGGGGCUCCCAAGUUCUGGUGAGCCAGGGGAAAGAGCCUCCCUGCUUCCUCCAGCUGUUCCAAGGCGGGAUGAUCAUCCAUAAGGGCAGUCGAGAUGACGCUGUCAAAAAUUCAGGAGGUUGGAGGUUGUUCUGCGUUCGAGGCGAGGCAGAGGUGGAGGCCAUGCUGGUGGAGGUGGAGUGCCAGGGCGCCAGCCUGCGCUCGCGAGCCGUCCUCGUGCUGCUCCACGCACGGGAAGGUCGGCUCUUCGUGUGGCACGGCUGCAAGGCGCACGCCGGCGCCAGGCAGGUGGCCAAAAGGGCCGUGGACCGACUGAGCCGAGGGUGUCCUUCCGAGUUGGGUCUGAGCAGCAGCGGCAGCAGCAGUAGCGGCGGUUCUGUGAGAGUUGAGGAGGUAGAGGAAGGAAGCGAGCCCGCAGAAUUCAAGAAGGUUCUUGGCCUGCAGGACAGGAAGUCCUACGACUGCAUGCUUCAAGAUCCCGGGAAGUACAAUUACACCCCCCGGCUGUUCCGGCUUAGCGCCAGUUCGGGCGUGUUCGAAGGCGAGGAGCACCUCUAUCCCGCCCGGGCGACGGAGGGAGUCACGGCCAUGCCCUUCCUCCAGGAGAACCUCUACUUAGCGCAGCAGCCCGCCCUGUUCCUUCUGGACAACCGCAUGGAGGUGUACCUGUGGCAGGGCUGGCAGCCCGGAGAGGAGCAGUGCACGGGUUCGGCCAAGAUGCGCUGGGACAACGAGAGGAAGUGCGCCAUGGAAACGGCGCUGCUGUACUGUAAAGAAAAGAGCACUCGGCGCCCCCCUCAGGCUUAUCUGGUCACGGCAGGCUGCGAGCCGCUCACCUUCACCAACAUCUUCCCUUACUGGAAAAAGGAUCCAAGCAUUUCCUCCAAGGUUGAGGGUUCUAAAAACAAAGUGACCUUAGUGAAGGAGGUGCUGUCCAAGCUCAGUAAGCUCCAAUACCCCAUCGAGGAGCUCACCAGGUCGCCCCUGCCCGACGGGGUGGACCCGCUCCGCCUGGAGGAUUAUCUGUCGGAUCAGGACUUCAAGAAACUUCUGGAGAUGAGUCGAGUGGAGUUCAACGCCCUGCCCAACUGGAAGCAGAAGAACCUGAAGAAGAGCAAGGGUCUUUUUUAAAAAAAAUUAAUAUUGUAUUCUGGAAAAACAACUGCUCAUUUUGUAAAACAAAUGUACAAUUUUGUACAGUCAUUUUUAACGUUAAUUUUACCCAAUUACGAUGUGCAAUUUUUAAUGAACUUUUGUGUCAUCACGCAAUACUAUGUAAUUUAAUAUCCAAUUGUAUUGUUUUAAUCCAAUUAUUGUUUUUUUCUGUCCGUUAUUUUUGUCACCUGAGGCCUUGCAAAUAGCAGCUAUUGUUGCCCCACUCAAAAAAAGACUACACUUUUUUUUUUUUAAAGAUUUUUUUUUAAAUAUUGUCUCAUUUGUCGGUGAAUAAUUGAGAGCAACUGAACCGCUUGUUUGAGACCAAAUGAGACUUUUUUUUUUUUUUUAAUGCCUUGCCAACAGUGUUUGUGUGAAAAGUAUUAAAUGUAUGUAUGUGUGUGUUGUGUGUUUAAUCUUUAUACAUCCUGAAAACUCUUUAUAUGUUUUACAUGUAUGUCGCAUGACUUUUUAACAAAAGCCUUGUUCAACUAUGAUCCUUUUGUUUGUCGGGG